AUUGUACUCGGGUUCGAGAUACUUUAAAAUGAAUAAUAGGUGGCGCUAUGUAAUAAACUUCCUGUAAACAGCAACAAGCAUGAUCGGGGGAUCCAGCCCAAUCAUUGUUCUGAACCAGAACACAAAGCGCGAAUCUGGUCGCAAAGUCCAGAUAGGGAAUAUUGCAGCAGGCAAGGCCAUUGCAGACAUCAUAAGAACAUGUCUUGGACCAAGAUCAAUGUUGAAGAUGUUAAUGGAUCCUAUGGGAGGAAUAGUGAUGACAAACGAUGGAAAUGCUAUUCUUAGAGAGAUCAAUGUACAGCAUCCAGCUGCCAAAUCCAUGAUAGAGGUCGCCCGCACGCAGGAUGAGGAAGUGGGAGAUGGUACCACCUCCGUCAUUAUACUUGGAGGAGAGAUGCUUUCAGUGGCCGAGCCCUUUUUACAGCAACAUAUGCACCCCACGGUGAUCAUUAGUGCUUUCAGACAGGCCUUGGAGGAUCUGGUCGAAAUCCUUAGGGAUAAAAUCAGUGUUCCAGUUGACAUCACUAACAGAGAUGAGAUGAUGAAGAUAGUCAAAAGUUGUGUAGGAACAAAAUUCAUUAGCAAAUGGGCUAAUUUGGCUUGUGAGAUUGCCCUGAAAGCUACAGCUACUGUCCUAUUAGAAGAAAAUGGAAGGAGAGAAAUAGAUAUUAAAAGAUAUGCCAAAGUAGAAAAGAUUCCUGGUGGUACGAUAGAAGAUUCCAAAGUCUUAACUGGAGUCAUGCUUAACAAAGACAUUGUCCACCCUAAAAUGAAAAGGAGGAUAGAAAAUCCUAGAAUAUUAUUAUUGGACUGUAACCUAGAGUACAAGAAAGGAGAGAGUCAGACAAACAUUGAAAUUACAAAAGAAGAAGAUUUUUCUAAGAUUUUGCAAAUGGAAGAGGAAUACGUCAAAAAGAUCUGUGAUGAAGUGAUUGCUGUCAAACCAGACUUGGUCAUUACGGAGAAAGGAGUUUCUGAUCUAGCCCAACAUUUUCUGGUGAAGGCAGGCAUUAGCUGUAUCCGAAGAGUACGAAAGUCUGACAACAACAGAAUAGCACGUGCUUGUGGAGCCACUAUUGUCAAUAGAACUGAUGAGAUUCGAGAAGAAGAUGUUGGAACAGAAUGUGGACUGUUUUACAUUGAAAAGAUUGGUGAUGAGUAUUUCACAUUCUUGGUGGAGUGUAAGAAUCCCAAAGCCUGCACGAUCCUGCUCCGUGGAGCCAGCAAGGACAUCCUGAUGGAAGUGGAGAGAAACCUGCAGGAUGCUAUGAAUGUGUGUAGAAAUGUAAUGCUGGAGCCUUACCUUGUUCCUGGAGGUGGGGCAGCAGAAAUGGCACUGUCUCAGGCUUUGAAUGAGAAGGCUAAGAGUAUUACUGGGGUACACCAGUGGCCUUACAGAGCCGUUAGUCGAGCUCUGGAGGUCAUUCCUAAGACUCUAAUUCAAAACUGUGGAGCCAGCACAAUCAGAACCCUUACUGCCCUCAGAGCUAAGCAUGCCACUGCCAACAACAGUAGCUGGGGUGUGGAUGGAGAGACUGGAAAAGUGGUAGACAUGAAGGAUUAUGGAAUCUGGGAACCAUUUGCAGUCAAAGUCCAAACCUAUAAAACUGCUAUAGAGACUGCUGUAUUACUUCUGAGAAUUGAUGAUAUUGUAUCUGGAGUGAAGAAGCAGGGAGACACUGGUGGUGCCCCGGGAGGAGGUGCCCCCAGUGCCCCUCCAGAUGCCUCAGAAGGACCAGAGGCAUAGACGUUUCCUAAUAACAAUUAGAUUCACUGUCCAUUAUGACAAUGUGUUCACAGAUCGCUGGAAUCAGUCCCCUCAUAUUGAACAAAUGUGAAGCUUGCUGUAUUAAUUUAAGAUUAUGUUUUUGCCUAUCAAGAGGCAUUUAAUGUACAUGUAUUCAUGUAUUUUGUAAUUCAUAUUUAUCUAAAACUAAAUUGUGAUUUGGAAAUAAAGUCCUACUUGAAUUUGUA